GGCSCUGCCGCCGCGCGUGGCGCCGCCGCCGUCUCUCCUAUGGCUGGGAUGUACAGCUCGACUCUGAAGACGCUGGAGGAUCUAACGCUGGACUCCGGUUAUGGGGCAGGGGACUCCUGCAGGUCCCUCAGCCUCUCCUCCUCCAAGUCCAACUCRCAAGCGUUUGCCUCCGCUCAGCACAGAGGCAACUGGUGGUACUACUCGGGCUCCAUGAACAGUAGGAACAACAGCUGGGACACCGUGAACACUGUGCUGCCGGAAGACCCAGAAGUCGCAGAUAUAUUUUCCAAGUGUCCUAAGCUGCCGGAUCUAGAGGAGUACCCUUGGACUGAUGAGGACAUCGGGAAGAUACUCAGGAAGGGGAAGGGGGAUGGAAAGGGCAGAGCGUUCACGCCGGACGCGGUGAGGCGGCUCUCGCAGCUGCUGCGGCGCGCGCUGAUCCGCGUGGCGCGCGAGGCUCAGCGGCUCAGCGUGGCGCACGCCAAGUGCACACGCUUCGAGGUGCAGAGCGCCAUCAAGCUCAUCCAGAGCUGGGCACUGUCGGAGAGCUGCGUGCUGGCCACCGUGAAGGCGCUCUCGCUGUACAGCAUGAGCGCCGGCGACGGGCUCAGGAAGGGGAAGUCGGCGAGGUGCGGCCUCACCUUCUCYGUGGGCAGGUUCUUCAGGUGGAUGGUGGACACGAGGAUCUCGGUGAGGAUCCAUGAAUAUGCAGCCAUCUCCUUAACUGCCUGCAUGGAAAACCUAGUAGAAGAGAUUAAAGCCCGGGUUUUGGCAAGCCAGAGCCCUGAUGGUGGAGGAGGGGAGAUCUCAGCUGAAGUCCUGGAGAUGGUUAUCAACAACGAUGCCGAACUUUGGGGGGUGUUGCAACCUUACGAGCAUCUCAUCUGUGGGAAAAAUGCUAAUGGUGUGCUCUCGCUGCCCGCCUCCUUCAGCCCCUACAACGACUGCGGCGACGGGCGCGCGGACGCCUACGCGCAGCUGGAGCUCCGCACCCUCGAGCAGUCCCUCCUGGCCACGUGCGUCGGCAGCAUCUCCGAGCUGAGUGAUCUGGUAUCGCGAGCGAUGCACCACAUGCAGUGCCUGAACACCCUGCGCCCGGGCAUGAGCCCCGUCCGGCAAGCCCGGCAGCAGCAGCCCAUCUCCUGGUCUCCCGACGCGCUCCACACCCUCUACUACUUCCUACGCUGUCCGCAGAUGGAAUCCAUGGAGAACCCCAACCUUGACCCGCCGAGAAUGACCCUGAAUAAUGAACGGCCCUUCCUGCUGCUGCCGCCGCUGGUGGAGUGGAUGCGCGUGGCCAUCACGUACGCGGAGCACCGGCGCAGCCUCGCCGUGGACAGCGACGACAUCCGGCAGACAGCCCGGCUGCUGCUGCCGGGGCUGGACUGCGAGCCGCGGCACCUCAAGCCCGAAUGCUGCUUCAGCUCCUUCCGGAGGCUGGACGCCAAGGCUGCCACGGAGCGAUUCCAGCAGGACCUGGGCUUCCGCAUGCUGAACUGCGGCAGGACGGAUCUCAUCAACCAAGCCAUCGAUGCGCUGGGACCCGACGGGGUUAACACCAUGGAUGAUCAGGGCCUGACCCCGCUCAUGUACGCCUGCGCCGCCGGCGACGAGGCCAUGGUGCAAAUGCUCAUAGACGCCGGAGCCAACCUGGACGUGCCCGUCCCCGGCCCCUCUCCGCGCUGCCCGUCGGUGCACCCCGACAGCCGCCACUGGACGGCCCUGACGCUCGCCGUGCUGCACGGGCACAUCUCCGUGGUCCAGCUGCUCCUGGACGCCGGUGCCCACGUCGAGGGCUCUGCCGCCAGCAGCGGGGAGGACAACUACGCGGAGACGCCGCUGCAGCUGGCGUCGGCGGCGGGGAACUACGAGCUGGUGAGCUUAUUGCUCAGCCGAGGCGCGGACCCGCUGCUGAGCAUGCUGGAGGUGAACGGCAUGUCGCCGUCGCUGCACGAGGACAUGAACUGCUUCAGCCACUCGGCAGCGCACGGACACAGGAACGUGCUCCGCAAGCUGCUCACGCAGCCGCAGCAGGCCAAGGGAGACGUCCUCUCGCUGGAGGAGAUCCUGGCCGAGGGCGUGGAGAGCGACGCCUCGAGCCAGGGCAGCGCCGGCGAGGGCCACGUGCGGCUCUGCAAGACGAGGACCAAGGCUCUGCAGGAGGCCAUGUACUACAGCGCCGAGCACGGCUACGUGGACAUCACCAUGGAGCUGCGCAGCCUCGGGGUCCCGUGGAAGCUGCACGUGUGGAUCGAGUCCCUGCGGACAACUUUCUCCCAGUCCCGCUACUCGGUGGUGCAGACCCUGCUGCGGGAGUUCGUCACCAUAAAGGAGGAGGACUACAACGAGGAGCUGGUCAACGAGGGGCUGCAGCUCAUGUUUGAUAUCCUCAAAACCAGCAAGAAUGACUCCAUCAAUCAGCAGCUUGCAUCCAUCUUCACCCACUGCUACGGCAGCAGCCCUAUCCCGAGCAUUCCUGAAAUCCGGAAAACGCUACCAGCUCGGCUAGACCCUCACUUUCUGAACAACAAGGAGAUGUCUGAUGUGACUUUCUUAGUGGAAGGAAAGCUGUUCUACGCGCACAAGGUCCUGCUGGUCACCGCGUCCAACCGGUUUAAGACCCUAAUGACCAAUAAAACAGAGCAAGACAGCCAAGGCAGCAAGACUGUUGAAAUCAGUGAUAUGAAAUACAAUAUUUUCAAGAUGCUGAUGCAGUAUUUAUAUUACGGAGGAACAGAGUCUAUGGAAAUUCCCACCACUGAUAUCUUAGAGCUGCUGUCAGCUGCCAGCCUGUUCCAGCUGGACGGCCUCCAGAGACACUGUGAAAUCCUCUGUGCCCAGACCAUCAGCAUGGAGAACUCCGUCCACAUCUAUAAAUACGCAAAGAUUCACAACGCGCCCGAACUGGCCUCCUUCUGCGAGGGCUUCUUCCUGCAGCACAUGAGCCCCCUCCUGGAGCAGGACUCCUUCAAGCAGCUCAUCUACAGCCGCAACAGCAAGGUGCAGGGGCUGGAGCCGCUGCGGGAGCUGCAGGCGGCGCUGGCCGGGCGCCUGCACUCGGUGUACGUGAGCUCGCGCGUGUGA